AUGGGGGUUGCGGCGGCGCCAUUUUCUGGAAAAGCCUUGAAUGAACUCGCGGAUACCAACAAGAACGCCCAGGAGCCCCGUCUCCCUCGAUCGAUAGAAGCCCUUCACCUCAAGCCCUUGAAGCGCGAACCCAAGUAUGGAAUUCCCUCAUGCGACCUUCAGCUUCGAUCAUACAGCUUGCAGCCAUUGGAGUUCUUUGCCGAUUUUGCCCUGCGCGCAGCUUAUUACCUUGGCUUGCCGGCAUCUGGCCCUAUUCCGCUGCCACGUAUCAUCCAGCGAUGGACCGUUCCUAGGAGUCACUUUAUCUUCAAGAAGUCCCAGGAGAAUUUCGAAAGAAUUACACUGCGACGUCUGAUCCAGAUCAAGGAUGGAAACCCCGAGACGGUCCAGCUGUGGCUUGCCUAUUUGCGGAAGCACCAGUACUAUGGCGUUGGUAUGAAGGCCAACAUGUGGGAGUUCGGCGAUCUCGAGGCUGGGAAGUCAUUGGAGGAUGACAUACAGAAGCAGCUAGGAGACUGCGAGUCGACAUGGGCACACCUAGGUCAAAUGGACAAGCCCAUCGGGUCGCCAGAAAUGGUGAAGGAACUCCUGAGCAGCCGUCAGUUCAAGGAGGCGUCUGGUCUGCGGGAACGACCGAGUAAUAGUGUAUAA